UAAUUGCCAUACGCCAUAAAAACGUCGCUACGGAAGGAACCGUACCCUUUCCGCCCUUAGCUUUCCUCUUUCGCCGUUCCUUCCACGGACCGCGUGAGGAAAAGGCGGCGCGGCGCCCCAGUAAUUCCUACAAAGGUGCGCUGCCUCAGCUUCUAGGUCUUGCUUCAUGGCCUCCAAACGGAUAUUGAAGGAGCUCAAGGAUCUCCAGAAGGAUCCUCCCACUUCCUGCAGCGCAGGUCCUGUAGCAGAAGACAUGUUUCACUGGCAAGCAACAAUAAUGGGUCCUCCAGACAGUCCCUAUGCUGGAGGUGUUUUCCUUGUGACUAUCCACUUUCCUCCUGACUAUCCAUUUAAACCUCCUAAGGUUGCAUUCAGGACAAAGGUCUUCCAUCCAAACAUUAACAGCAACGGCAGCAUUUGCCUUGACAUUUUGAAGGAGCAGUGGAGUCCGGCUUUGACCAUUUCCAAGGUACUGCUGUCUAUCUGUUCUUUGCUGACAGAUCCAAACCCAGAUGAUCCUUUGGUCCCAGAGAUCGCACACAUGUAUAAGACUGACCGGACCAAGUAUGAAACUACUGCGAGAAGCUGGACCCAAAAGUAUGCUAUGGGCUAGUAAUUUGGUUCAGGCUGCCUCCUGGCUUAGACUUCCAUUCACUCGUAUCCACUAGAAUGAAAUGAUUGUGUAUGCAACAGCGCCUGUUAUCUCCUCAGUGAGGAUUACAAAUCUACUCUCUAUGAACAGGAAUUUUAAUUACAAAAAACCUGUUGCUAAAUAUGCGUUACAAUUCUUGCUACAACAUAUAGGAACAUGCUUUCUUUA